AUGUCUCUUCAACACUACAUCAAUAAAAAAGUUCUCAUCCUGACCGUGGACGGCCGAACACUACUGGGUACCCUCCUCUCAACCGACCAGCUUACCAACCUUGUUCUCACGGAAACCGUCGAACGCAUCAUCCGCACCCCGGAAGACGAUGAGCCUUCAUCGCAAGUCGAGCACGGCCUUUACUUAAUUCGAGGAGAUAAUGUGGUACUCUGCGGCGAGGUGGACGAUAAGAUUGAUGCGGACAUCGACUGGAGCAAGGUGAAAGGCGAGGUGAUUCGGGAUACUAAAAAUGCAUGA